AAGAUUGCAGAAGCUCAGUGGUGCUGUCUUACCCUCCUCGCUCACUCACUCUUUCUUUCUUUCUCGCUCUCAUUCUUUGCUCUUGUUCUCCCACUCAGCACUAAACAUGGCAGACGUUUUUGUUGGCACAUGGAACUUAAAGGAGAGCAAGAAUUUCGAUGACUACAUGAAAGCCCUUGGCGUGGGCUUUGCCACACGUCAGGUUGGCAGCAUGACCAAACCAACAACCAUUAUUUCCAUGGAAGACGAUGUCAUCACACUCAAGACCGUCAGCACUUUCAAAACUACAGAAAUCAAAUUCAAACUGGGAGAGGAAUUUGACGAGACCACUGCAGAUGACCGUAAAGUUAAGUCUGUGGUAACUGUAGAUGGAGGCAAAUUGGUUCAUGUUCAGAAAUGGGACGGUAAAGAGACGACCCUGGUUCGAGAAGUCGAUGGCAACAGCCUAACUCUGACAUUGACGCUCGGUGACGUCGUCUCCACACGACACUACGUGAAGGCGGAAUAAAGGGAACCUUCAAUCACAACCCGUCCUCUUCAAUGGUUAUGUACAUUUCCAGUGGUUUUUCUGUGGUGUUCAUCCAUUUCAUUUGUGCAGUUCCUCAAACACUGAAUAAAAUUCCAACUUCGUACCUCCAGAUCUGUAUUUGAGCUUGUAUUCUGGAUAUCUGAUAUGUUUCUUUUGUCAGUGUUAUGGCAUAUGCCUUUGGUCUACAAUAAAUGACAUUUGCUCCAAAUUGA